GGCGCCUCCCCGCUCCCCCCACUCGGAGGCCGCGCGCGCCGUUAGCCCCUUCCUCGCUCCCCCGCCCCAGUCCCGCAGUCCGGGAGGCGGGGGUCGGCAGCCGGCUGAGUGGGAACCGCGCGGUGUCUGAGGAGGCAGUCGGCGACCGGUGAGGGGACUGAAGGGCAGGGGAGGGCAAGGGUGGCUCGGGGCAGCAGUCCUCAGCUGUGGCUAGUCUUCUCCCAUCUGUCUCGGGCGACUGGUGUCUGCGGCGGUCGGGAGCGCCGCCCGGGCUACGAGUGACGCGGAGAUACUGCGGGGCGAGCGAUUGGCCGGACACAUCCGCGCGGCCUGCUCCUCCCAGGCCUUCCCCUCCGCCUGUCCUCGCUGGUCCUCCUCGGGUGACCUUUUCGGGGCUGGCGUCACCACGACAAACAUCGCCAGGCUGAGCAGACUUAAGGGGGUAACGGCCGCCACCGGGUUCUGGCAGCGUUAAACGCUCCCCACUACGUUUUUGGUGCCCGGUCUCGCCCUCCAAGUCGGCUGGCGCCACGGGCAAGGGGCUAGGGUAGGCUCGGGGUUGGGAAGGGGCUCGCUCGAAGAAAGUUUGCCCAGCAACUUGUGACGCGCGCCGACUGAGGCGCCCCAGGAUCGGCUGCGCUGCUGUGGGCCACGGAAAGCGACCUGUUCAGGUUUCCACUUCAAGCGUGACCCUUUUGCCUGUGGGAUGAGCUCCAGCAUGGGGUGAGGUACAGAAGAGAGACUUGAAGAGCGUGCCUUGGGACUCAAGCGCCAAACCUGUACCCUAGCGAGUGUCCUACUCCGCAUCCGUAAUGGAAGGAAAUGUUGUAGUUCACAUUUUCCCUUUUACUUCAUCUCUACUGGGCACGGCACGUCUUACUCCAGAGGCACGAGAGGAGGGCAUCCCAUGCGGCGACUCCUGCCCAGCGUGGUGGGGCAGCAGAAGCUCCAGAGCCCAGACUUGCAGUGCCCUUUCCAGGCCUUAAGAGAAGUAAAACUUAGCUGCAGCGUCAGGAGGUGGACCCCAGAGUGUGAGUGGCACGCUUCCCUGUGAACCCGUCCUCACUAUGUUUGCCACAUCUGGGGCAGUGGCAGCGGGGAAGCCUUACUCGUGCAGCGAAUGUGGCAAGAGCUUCUGCUACAGCUCAGUGCUGCUGCGACAUGAGCGAGCUCACGGCGGUGAUGGCCGCUUCCGUUGCCUAGAAUGCGGUGAGCGCUGUGCACGGGCUGCUGACCUCCGAGCGCACAGGCGCACCCAUGCUGGCCAGACCCUCUACAUCUGCAGUGAGUGCGGACAAAGCUUCCGCCACAGUGGCCGUCUUGACCUACACUUGGGCGCACACCGGCAGCGAUGCCGCACUUGCCCCUGCCGCACAUGCGGCCGGCGCUUCCCGCACCUCCCGGCGCUGCUGCUACACCGGCGCCGCCAGCAUCUGCCAGAGCGGCCCCGCCGCUGCCCGCUGUGCGCCCGCACCUUCCGGCAGAGCGCGCUGCUCUUCCACCAGGCACGGGCGCACCCCUUGGGGACAACCUCUGACCCUGCUGCCCCACCCCACCGCUGCGCGCAGUGCCCGCGAGCCUUCCGAAGCGGCGCCGGGUUGCGGAGUCACGCGCGCAUCCACGUGUCCCGGAGCCCCAUGCGACCCCGUGCCUCAGACGCCCACCAGUGUGGCGUGUGCGGCAAGUGCUUUGGCAAGAGCUCUACGCUGACGCGACACCUGCAGACGCACUCGGGGGAGAAACCCUUCAAGUGCCCGGAGUGCGGCAAGGGCUUCCUGGAGAGCGCCACGCUGGUGCGCCACCAGCGCACACACACGGGCGAGAAGCCGUACGCAUGUGGUGACUGUGGACGCUGCUUCAGCGAGAGUUCCACGCUGCUGCGCCACCGGCGCAGCCAUCAGGGCGAGCGGCCACAUGCGUGCGCCACUUGCGGCAAGGGUUUCGGGCAGCGCUCCGACCUGGUGGUGCACCAGCGCAUCCACACGGGCGAGAAGCCCUUCGCGUGCCCCGAGUGCGGCCGCCGCUUCAGCGACCGCUCGGACCUCACCAAGCACCGGCGCACGCACACGGGCGAGAAGCCCUACCGCUGCGAACUGUGCGGCAAGCGGUUCACGUGCGUGUCCAAUCUCAACGUGCAUCGGCGCAACCAUGCCGGCCACAAGCCACACAAAUGCCCCGAGUGCAGCAAGGCCUUCAGCGUCGCCUCCAAGCUUGCACUGCACCGCAAGACGCACCUGGGCGAACGGCCAGCGGAGUGCGCAGAGUGCGGCAAGUGCUUCAGCCACAGCCGCUCGCUGUCACAGCAUCAGCGGGCCCACACGCGCGCCCGCACCGCUGCCGCCGUGGCCAUCCAGUCCGCAGUGGGCACUGCCCUCGUCUUUGAGGGGCCGGCUGAACAGGAAAAGCCAGGGUUCUCUGUGUCCUAGUUGAGGGAGGCUUGCUGAGGCUUCUCUAAAGGUGGUUGGGCAAGCACCUAUAUAGUAUCACGGGGACAGCUGAGGCAACUCGUAGAUGGAGGUUUGGGAAAAGACGAUGUGGCCUCCUACCUUUCCAGUUUCUGUUGGCAGCCCUUCACCUAGCCUCCUGCCUCGCCUCUACACCUACUACCCUGUCGGCCCUUUUGCCAUGCUGUCCUCGUAUAACUGGGACUCUCUCCUCAGGUGUAGGUGCAGGGAGUCAGGGAACCCUUAGACUCCUCUGUGUGCAAGAGCCCAGGUGUUGGUGUGUCCCUUUAAUGCUACUGUGCUCUCUGGUGUUUCUGAUUUUCCUGCCUUUGUUCUGUCUUCUCUUGUCCUAUCUCAUUCCAGCCCACAUCUUCUCCUUUCCUGAUUACUUUUGUUGUCCUGCCUCUUCAGGUAAUGGUCACAGAUUUGGCUGUAGGCACGUUACCAGCCCUGUGGCUUCUUGACUCUUGGUUCCCUGUUAUCUCUGCUUCUGAAAAAUGUGGGUAUGGAGGUGGGUGGGAAAGCUCACUUCCAUAAAGGAUGUCUCCAUGCUAGGAGCUGCCUGCACCCUGGCAGAGGUGGCCAGUCACGUGAAGGUGGGCAGGGCCCUUAGCAUGGCCACACAUGUCCCCAGGGCAGAUCAAGGGGCCUCUCAGAACAAUGUUCCCCAGCCAGGUGAGGAAUAUUUUCACUGGGACCCAGGCCAAAACCAUGUGGGUCCACAAAGCCAGGCACUGCCAAGUGGAACAUGAGGUUAUUUCCAAAUCGUGGGAGCCACCAGUAGGGAGAGGGCAGGAUGGAAAAUCCCCUGGAGCUGGUCAACAACUUUUUGCUCAUGGCUAGUGAAAUAAAGUUGUUUGAGUACUAGA